UGACUAUUGACUCGUAUAUUCUGACGACCUCCUAAAACCUUUCAUUAGAUUCAUUUUCUUUGUUCGUAAUCUGACGAAAGAUACCCUUGAACUACCUAUUCAGAGCAUUCAUAUUCCCCGUUCCUACAUAUUCUCCCCCAAUUCCCAAACUCAAUCUUCAUUGCAAAUCUACCGGCGGAAUUCCCCUGUCAAACCCAAUUCCGGUUUCCACCAACGAAAAACUCUCUCUCUCUCUCUAGAAAACCAAAACUCCGAUCUCCUCUCAGUUCCAUUUUAUUCCUUCUGAAACCCAAAAACCCAAUCUUUUCCAAUUUCCCAGCUGAAUUCCAAGUGGGUUUUCGGUUAUUCUCGUUUCAGAUGUUCUGAGCUGAGUUACAAUUUUUUUUUUUAGUUUCGCCGCCGGGAAAUGACCAUGGACCGAUCGGGCAAUUCGUCGCCGGGAAGCCCCGACCCGAAAUCCUCCUCCUCCUCCGGUUUCGUCCUCUCAAUCGACUGCCUCAAGGGCGGCUCCAAGGCCGACGAGUGGACCGGCGACCUCCUCCAGACGGGCGACAUCGUGGAGGAGAUCGUGAUUCCCGAUCCCGGGUCGUCGUCGCGCGGCGGCGCCGGCGGGCAGUCGUACCGGGCUCCGUUCAAGAACGGGAAGAGCGGGGUCCAGAAGAUUCUUCACGCGUCGUUCAAGCGGAAGGAGACCUCGAUUCUGGUCCGGGUCAGGCGGCGGGGCGGGAGCGAGGUCUCGGAGCUCCAGGCGUGUAUUGUUCCCGAUUCCGGCGGGAAGAAGCAGUACAUAUUGAGGUCCAUCGACGACCCGAAUUACACCGCCGGGUUCUGCGACCGAACCGAGUCCGAGUGCUAUGAAUUGCAAGGUUCAAAAGGGUCGAGGAUGGUGAGCGCACUGUCGAGCUCCAAGCUACAGGAUGGAUACGUAUCUUAUCCAUGGAGGAGGAAGAUGCAGGAGGUUCUGAAGGUUCCGAAUUCGAGCUGUUUCCUUUCCAUACUCUUCCUCCCCGAAGCUUCGGAUCGAGCUGCUUCGGGUUACAACGACAUCGAGCACACCCUUGCCAGAGCAAAUGCGUGGCUCUUUGCCUCGCAGGCUUCUGGCGUCCCCAUUGUCUUCAUGAACAUUCAGACAGAGUCCCUCCUCACCAAGAUAUCUGGUGAGACAGCCUCUUCAACAGUGAGUGCAGGCUCGCUCUCCGACCUAUCCAACCUCGCGAAUGCGAGCUUGUACGGCUUCGAGGACUACCACGGCGUGGACAUAGGCGUGGUGAGAGCCGUUCGGCUGUGGUACGCUCCGUUGUGCGGAGAGUUCUCCAUCGAGAUCAAGAUCAGGGAAGACGAUUCCAGGCUCGGGUUCGCCAUAAGUCGAACCGAAGAAGGGUUCAUCUACAUUUCCUCGGUGAUCGACGACGGGGAUGAAAAUGCAGCCUCGACGAGGUCAGGGCUCAACAAUCUCUACAAGCAAGCAACCUCCUCAUCCAAGUUGCUCGUUGUCUCCAGGGUUUCCAACCAGAAGGUGCUCCCUUGGAUGGUUUCCUCCACGGGAGCGAUUCGAUGCUACGACACCGUCUCGUUGAGCCAGAAGCUCUCCCUUCAUCGCCACGCCAAGGUUCCCAUCGUGAUACAUUACUUCCUGUGGGACAAGGCGUUGGCCGGUAUGGGUCCUGGAAGUGCAAGGUAUGGUGGUAGGCCUGUUGGGAUCCCGCCGCGGCGGUCUGAUCCUGUCCCUGUUCGAACAGAUGUCGUGCAGUCGCCCCCUCCUGCUCGACAUUCGAACGAGAACCAAGUGCUCCCGCUUCCUCUGCCUCGAUCGUCUCAGGUGGUUCCUAGUAAUGAUGGUGAUGGUAGUGUUGUAGGGCCGGAAAUCAAGCUUGAGAGAGACACCGCCGGUGAACUCUCUUUCAGGUUUCAUGAGUUCUCCAUCUCUAACAAUUGGGUGUGAUUUAUGUAAUGAAAACUUUCUUUUUGGUACAGCUUGGUAUGUUUACAGAGAGGUGUUUUUGUAUGUAUACACUGAUAGAUAACAUUUUUGUAAUGCAUAUUUAUAGUUGAAUAAUUCUAUGAUAAUUUUAAUUUAAUAUGCAAUACAUUGUUUCACUAAUCAUUUUGGAAAUAUGCUCCUUUCCCACUCUGUUUUGUUAUUGCUUGCUUCAUACGCAAAAACUAACAACUACCUUCCAAAAUGUAUGCAACCAUCGUUUUUCUCAACUGCGGAAGUGAAAGUAGACAGUGUAUGAUUCAUCCCUAAAGCUCAGCAGUGGUGAAAGAAUGAAACCUCUGUUCUCCCCCUUAGCAACAAAGCUAAUGGGGUGGUACUGUGACAGCCCUCGAUUCGCUGAAAAGCUUGCUCCUUCA